ACCGUCUUCGUUUUCAAAACAUGUACAGACAUAAACGUUGGACAGCUGAGCGAUCUUGAUUCGGUGUGAUUGAUCCAGCGCAGAGUGAAAAGAACAGAGGUGCCAAAAAAACCCGAUUGUUUUCCCAUUGAGGAUCCAUUCUUCAGGAUGGAGAAUGGGGUUUCAUCCACCAAAGGAGAGGGCUUCCUCUCCAGGAUGGCCCUCAAUGACAACAAGGCAGGCAUGGAGGGUCUUGACAGGGACAAGAUCAACAAAAUCAUCAUGGAGUCAUCCAAGGGAUCGAGGUUUUAUGAGAAUGAGGUGAAGAAAGAGCAGCAGGUGAACCACCGCAUUGAGAAGAUGAUGCUACAAAAGGCCCAGAUCACAGAACAGCAGUUACAGAAAGCACAAGCUCAGGUGGAGAGGAUGUCCGCCGAGCUUGAAAAGAGUCGUGAUCUCAGCCGUGUGAUUGUGCAUGUGGACAUGGACGCUUUCUACGCUGCUGUGGAGAUGAGAGACUGUCCUGAGCUGAAGGACAAGCCCAUGGCUGUAGGAUCCAUGAGCAUGCUGUCAACAUCUAACUACCAUGCCAGGAAGUAUGGGGUUCGAGCUGCCAUGCCUGGGUUCAUUGCAAAGAAACUCUGCCCCAACUUAGUUAUUGUUCCAACCAACUUUGCUAAAUACAGAGCUGUGAGUGAAGAGAUCCGGGAGGUUUUCGCACACUAUGACCCUCACUUCCAGCCCAUGAGCCUGGAUGAAGCCUAUCUGGAUUUUACAGACCACCUGGAACAGAGACGGAGCUGGCCAGAAUCCUCACGUACACAUCGCUUCCGCGCCAGCAGCGACGCUACAGGCAGUGAAGAGCAGAUUGAGCUUCCCCAGGUGGCAGUGCCAGAGGAAAAGGACCUCUCUCCGCUCCUGUUCGAGGACAGCCCGAGCACCUCUCCCUGCCUGUUGGACUCUGAAGGCGUCGGUGCUGCUGGUAGUGCAUUUGAGGUGUUUGGUACGUCCGUUGAGGAGGCCGUGAGAGAGAUGCGCUUCCGCAUUGAGCAGAAGACCACGCUCACUGCCAGUGCAGGAAUUGCUCCAAACACGAUGCUUGCCAAGGUGUGCAGUGACAAGAACAAGCCCAAUGGCCAAUACAGACUCCCCUCCACCAGAGAGGCAGUCAUGGACUUUGUCCAGAAUCUCCCAGUUCGCAAAGUGUCUGGCAUAGGGAAAGUGAGUGAGAAGAUGCUGAAUGCUCUUGGCGUCAGCAGCUGUUCUCAUCUUGGCCAGCAGAUGGAGCUGCUGCUGUUGUUGUUCUCGGAGACAGCCUGGCAUCAUCUCAUGCAGGUUUCCUUGGGUCUGGGCUCCACAUGUAUACCUAGGCAUGAAGAACGGAAAAGCAUGAGCACAGAAAGGACAUUCAAAGAACUGAGUAACGUUGAGGAGCAGUUGUCCUUUUGCAGGGAGCUCUGUGAAGACUUGGCAGAAGACAUGAAGAAAGAAGGUCUAAAGGGUAAAACGGUAACACUGAAGCUGAAGAACGUGAACUUUGAGGUAAAAAGCAGGGCGCUGACGCUGUCGUAUGCUGUUGCUACAGUGGAUGAGAUUUUUGCUGUUUCUAAGGACCUACUGAAAACGGAAAUCGACAAUGAAAGCCCCCAGCCUCUCAGACUGAGACUCAUGGGUGUAAGAAUAUCCGCUUUUGUCAGUUCGGAUGAUAAAAAGCCCCUGCAGAGGAGCAUCGUUGGCUUUCUAAAGCCAGGCAAGACAGACUCUAGUGGCUCUUCCCAAGGAAUGAAUCAAAAGCUUGAGAAAAAGAAUCUCUCCAAUCAAUCCUUCCAAACUGGGCCCCUUGCUUGUCUUCCGCUUGCGCAGAAGUGCCAGAGACAGGAUGAAGUACCCUGGGGGAGUAAGCAGAGGGGGUUCGAGGGGGGUCAGACUAGUGAGGAACCCAAACAGUCUUUCUUCCAACGGGCUCAUGCCAAACGACUGCAACUCCAGGCAGGGAAUGCAAGCACACAAAAGGAAGUACAUGGGGAGAAUGCUUCUGUGGUUGCUUCCACUGGCCCGUGUGCUGAAAAGGGUGUAGAGUCCUCAACAGAAGCGCACAAGAGUCACUGUACAGCCUCAGAUCCCUCAGAAAAGGACUUUGUUUCCCCCGUAGAGGCCCACGCAUCCACAUCAGGCUGUGGCGGCACAGUGUCGGAGAGCCUCACCUGUCCGGUGUGUUUCCGGCAGGUGGAGACCACUGAUUUGAAUGUCUUCAACAGACACAUAGACCAGUGUCUCAGUGAUGCCUCUAGAAAUCCAAGCCAAUGCACAAUAUCUGACACGGAGUCAGACCUGGACCUCAAGAAUGGCCAGAAGGAAUGUGAAGAGUUUGAGUCGAGCAGAGUUGAUCCUCAAGAAGACCAGCACAACUUGGAAAACGAUUCUCUUCAAACGGUUUUGUUGAUCAAUGGCGACAAUAGAACGGUCACCUCGGGACAGCCUCAGUCAUGUCAUGAUAAAGGCCCCGACCUCAUCUGCCCAGUAUGUCAGCUGACCCAGGACAGUGAUGACCUCACUAUCUUCAACCACCACGUUGACCUCUGCCUGAACCAGGAGGUCCUACAUGAGCUGGGGGGGCAGACAUCAUCGCCCAUGAAUCCACCUUCAGUGAUAAAUAGCAAGGCCAUAGACAGAAGCCGUCUCCUGCCAAUGCAAGCAACUAAAGGUAAAACCAAAAGACGGGACUCGCCUUCCUCUCCUCCUUCUAAAAAGGCUAAAUGCCUCGGUUCUCGCAACACCAUUGACAAGUUCUUCCGGUGACGGUCGUGCACGAAGAACGUCCAUCCUUGUCUGGAGGAACUGAGGAAGUUUCCUUCAGGAAAUGGAAAACACCUCUCCCCUCCCGCUCCACUGAGCAGUUUUAAAUUGCACACAAAGCCAUAUAAAAAAAGUCUUCAGAAAUCUGUAAUUUAUACAGUAUUUGCACUAAUAUGCCUUGUUUGGUUUUUUUAAGGCAGACACUAGAUGAGAAAUUAAAGAUGACAAAAGACAAAUUCUGGCAAACUGUGUGCCAGUUUUAUUUCUUGUUUCUGUUACUCACUGAAGAUAAGCGUAAUGUUUUUAUUUUACUGUAUGCGUACUGGAUCAUAGGAGUAUUUAUUAGACACUGAGGUGCCUGUGUGAGUUUUUUAAUUUAUCUUCAUGAAGUUAUUUUAUUCAGAUAUUUGCAGUAAUUUACAGUUGUAUUUAUUGUGUUUUCCAAUGAUAAUACUGUGUAUGUCUAAUAAUGAAGAUAAGAGAAUCCUUCUAUCGUG